CUCAGUUUUCGAGUGCAGUCAAGAUAUAAAAAUCUUGUAUCUGACCCCAACUUGAAAAUCGUGGGAGUUCUCCUUUAAUGAUAAAUUGUCAGAACGGGGUACUUAUGCAACAACAUAAAUUUGCAUGCAACAUUAAAUUAGUUAACUUUAUGAGAAUUCUGUCCACCGUGACUGCUAAUUCUGUGAAUGAGAUAUAUUUCAUGAAUGCAUACAACGAUAAAUUAAUCCAUUUUCUUUGUCUUCAAUGGGAUAGUAACUAACAAUCAAUAAUCCAAUCAACGGGAAUUUGUGAAACCAGAUACUCGGUUACUUUUUUCCUUUAAUGGGAUAUUAACUAAUAAUUGAUAAUCUCAGAAUGGGAUAUCAUUGAACGGGAUAUAACUCUGAACGAAAUUCUUCAUCAGAGAUACACUUCAUAAUCAAUUAGAACAGGGUGAAUGAGAUAUACUUCAUGAAUGCAUACAACGAUAAAUUAAUUAACUACAACUAACAAUAAUAAAAAUUUACUAACCAUUAAUAAUAUUUAUAUCUAAUCUGCCCAUGCAGAGAACCGGCAUGGUGAUCUAGUGAGAGGUAGAUUUUGGCUGGCAGAGGGUGUGGUUCAAGUAAUUGACGUAGUAGAAUAUUUUGAAAUGUGUGGCAAGAUUUGAAGGUGUUAAUUGACAGUCUUGAUGCUGGUAGAUUUUGACAUUACUGGUAGCAGGGACGGCUAUUGCAGACUUCAUUAAGGCUGUGUAUGAGGGUGCCAAUGAUGAUUUGGAUCAAGUUGCUACAUAUCAAUAUUUGUCUCCAAUUGUUCUCUUUCUUACCAUGUUGCUAGCGAUGUUCCUGUUGCAACGUCAUCGACUGAUAGGAUUGCGGUCAUCAGGAACUCUGUUCAUCUUUUGGAUGCUAAUGGUCAUCUAUGGGAGUUUUAAACUACGCACUUACAUUCUUGUUCAGAAAUUUGGAGUUAAACCUCAGUAUAAGGAAGCAAAAAGUACAUACUAUUUUGUGACCACUGUGCUAAACUUUGUUUGGUUUCUUGGUCUCUUUAUCUUCAACUGUGUGCAAGACAAAAAACCGCUUUACUCACCAGUGGAUGAUGACUCGAAUCCAUGUCCUGAAAAUGAUGCUUCUUUUCUUUCAAUUGUUAGCUUCUGGUGGCUCAAUGGGUUGAUAUGGACUGGAUUCAGGCGGCCUCUAGAACAAAGUGAUUUGUGGAGUUUGAUGCCUGAUGACAAGAGUGCUUUUGUGGUGCCUCGAUUCUUAUAUGAAUGGCGGAAGGAAAGAGACAAAGCAAAGUUUAGCAACACUUCAUGUGUUACUAAUAAUCAUCACGUGUCACGUGUGCCAGACAGACCGACAUCUGGUGAGACAGAGCACAUGCUUAGGCGAUCAGCAUAAAAGUGGUUUUGCUAUUAAACAAAUGCUGCCGAUAAUUACCUUCUCAAGACUGUCCGUGCACUUUAAGGUUGCGGUCACACUACGUUCACAUUAUGCUUACAUUAGAUGUUACAUUUCCAUUUGACCCGUCACACUAUUCUAAUCAUAAUGUAAAUGAAAAUGUGGUGCUAAUGUUGAGAAUGCAAAUGGAGUGGGAUUCGACAUUACCAUUUACACUUCCAUGGUUUCCACAUUACCACGCAUGUGGAAGGAAGAUAUUAUAGCACUGCAGCUAAGCCAUAUCGUUCAUUUGCUUUUUGGAUUGAAUCUUUGUGACUGCAACCGACAACUAUGACAGAUCACGGUGAGAGAAAGCGAAAGCAGAAAGUUCAGUGGUUUGAGGAAGCCAAACGGAAACUCACUGAGGUCUGGGCGGACAUUCUCCAACGCUAAAGUGGAGCAAUGACAUUCUAAAUGCUUAUGUCGAAGAUGAGCUACCUGGAAGUCUUCAGUACAUCGCAGAGGAGGUCCUAGCAAAAAUAGACAACGUUGUCACCAAAGCCAGGAGCUUCUACAACAAAUUUCCAUGCCAGAAGGAAACGGGGUGCCCUGCCAGUGACAAUGACAUCGCUGUUGAUGUAUAAGCUGCAAAUCUGGCAUGGCCAAAUUUCCAGACAUCUUGCGACGUUUUUAGGAGUCACCCUUCUCUAGGCUCAGGUACUGCAGACGACUCGAGCGGGCAGGUCCAAAGUCACGAUGCACAGUUUGUUGCCGAUGUAACGCCUGACACAAGACCUGUCACGCCUGUAACGCCUCCAACACCUAUUACAAGUAAUUAUGCUGAGGACACGCAACAAUCAAUAGCAAGCCAAAAAGAAAGAACAGAAGACCAGAAAGACAAAAGCAGAGACAAGAAGAAGACUCUUCUCACAGUGGCUGCACAGGCUGCUUUCUUAGAGGGUUUGGCAGUGCAGCAAGAAGAAGCUCAGAGAAGGCAAUUUGAAUGCGAAAUGUGGCAGCAGCAAGUGCUUUAAGAAUUUGAAGAGAAACGAGAGCAGUCUUGUCAAAGAUUUGAAAUAGAAAUGAAGGAAUAGAGGAAGAGACAAAAAAACUGUCUGGAGAGGGAAAGACUGCAGUUUCAACAGACAAUGAUGCAACAGCAACAGCUAUUUCAAGCAGAACUUUUCAAGCGGCUGUUUGAUGACAGUAAAGAUAAGUAGUGCUAUAGAAGUUGUUUAUGAUUGAUUACAUGUUACUUAGCGCAUACCACACUGUACUACGUACUUUAUCUGCAUAGUUAUACC